CACCGGGGAUUUCGUGCGUUGUUUGUCUAUCUUUAAUUGAUUCGUCAAUGUGUCAGCAAUCGUGAUGUGAGAGUUGUCUGACACUGACUGUGUUGUGCUCUGUGAUUUUUCAGUCUUUGCCUUUCCGAGAGGUUUUGAUCUUACAUUAUUCGGUCUUUCAAUCUUUUAUUCUCAUUCUUUCGCUCUCUAUUAUUAUUCUUACUAUCGAUAUCUUUUCGUCGGCAUCAGUACCCCUUGUCAUUCCUUCACGUCUCCUUAUUUGCGACGACCGGCUUCUCCGAAUUGCACCGCGCUCUUUUUCGUCUCGCGAGUAAUACCACCAUGAUCCUGUGAUUUUCUCGGUACCCAAGCAUACAACCACACAUAUCUUCAGGAAAAAUGGCGGACAACCGCGAACCGAGCGAUGUGAUUAACCCCCCUUCUUCGCAGCAUGCGUUAGGACUCCCCCGUCCCCCCUCCGUCGGGGGAAUCUCUUCUCGAGCGACGGAUAUAAUCUCGGAGGAUGGCGAACAAUCACAGUCAUAUACCGGUGCAUCCUCGCAACCACCACGAUCGCAACCCUCCCUAUCGCGACGAGGCCCCCCACCCGCUAGAAGUUCGAUUGCAGCAUCCAGCCAUGUCGCCAGCAGACCCGGCAGCUCUGCCAGUCGGAUUAGCAGAACACAUAUUCCGUCAUUGACUGCGCAGGGCUUCUUUCGGCCCAUGUCCUCGCAACGACUACAGGCACAUCGAGGACGGCCCAUGACCAAGGAGACAUUUGCGUCCGCCUCCACUGAUGACUGGAAUGACCGGGCAAGUCAGAAGAGAAGGAGUUUGGUGUCAAAUAGCACGCACCAUCAAGGAUCCCUCCCACCGGUCGAGCAGGAAGCUCCCCCGUCGCGGGGUACGGAGUUUACGGAUCCGAUCAUCCCAGACCGAACGAACUCUGCAAGCCCUACUGGGAAUAUGACUACACGGAGUCUCGGGGAAAGCGCUAGGCUUCUGCACGAACGCGAACGGAUACAACAAAAGACACCACCUCAGCAGCUCAACUUGCCAGCGGCGAACUAUAGGUUUCCUGAGCCCCAUGAUCAGGCGCAAAAGUCACCUCUCUCUUUUCUGUCCAUGCAGGACAAGCCCCAUCCUCAUGAUCGUCGCGACAACGGGGCUCAUGAACGGCUGUCCUCGAACGCCUCGUCCCGCAGAUCCAUCGAGAAGCAAGGCCAGAAACCAGCUCAGAGUCGUUUGGGCAAGAAUUAUGAAUAUUUCAUGGGUAACACCAUUUUUUUUGCUGGUGGGAGGUUCCAAAACUCCCGAGACAAGCCUAUCAAUAUCGCGACUGGGUUUCUCGUGGUUGUGCCUUCUGCGUUGUUCUUCGCGUACUCUGCGCCUUGGUUAUGGCACAACAUCUCACCGGCAAUUCCGAUUUUAUUUGCGUACAUCUUCUGCGUGUGCUUUUCAUCAUUCGUGCAUGCUUCUGUCGUGGAUCCUGGUGUCAUCCCGCGCAAUCUUCACCCGAUGCCACCACCGGAUCCCACUGGUGAUCCGUUAGCGAUUGGUCCACCAACGAAUGAUUGGGUCAUGGUCAAAUUGGCAACCUCAGAAGUGGCCGCAAUGGACGUGCCAGUGAAAUACUGCAAAACCUGCAAUAUUUGGCGACCUCCACGCUGCUACCAUUGCCGGGUUUGUGACAACUGUGUUGAGACUUUGGACCAUCACUGUGUCUGGCUCAACAACUGUGUCGGCCGCCGUAACUACCGGUACUUUUUUACUUUUGUCAGCUAUUCGACAAUACUCGCGUUCUUCCUACUUGGCGCCAGUCUUGCGCACAUUCUGGUGUAUCGAGAGCGCGAGGGCAUCUCGUUUGGUUCUGCAAUCGAUACCUUGCGGGUGCCCUGGGCCAUGGUGAUCUACGGAGCAUUGGCCGGUCCCUAUCCGGCCUCUCUUUGGGCAUACCAUCUUUUCCUGGUUGGACGCGGUGAGACAACACGGGAGUACUUGAAUUCGCACAAGUUUGUCAAGGCAGACCGUCACCGGCCGUUCACUCAGGGCAAUGUUAUCACAAAUUGGCUAUCGGUUUUCUUCCGGCCUCGUCCACCAACGUACAUGGAAUUUAAGCGGCCAUACGAAGCGGGUGACCAGCGCUUGAGCAAUGAGAAACGAAAGCAUUGGAAACCGGAUCUCGAGGCUCAAACUGGCAUUGAAAUGCAGCAAGUGCCUGCUGAGCAGCAGCAGGGUUAAUAUCAGCAAUGUCGAUAUUUCUUCUUUUCUUCUCGGUUUGUUUUAUUUGAUUUCCUUGCCAUAUCAGUCAUUUCAGUUCAUAUUUCAUUGAUUUCAUUGAAUUUUUGUGGUUACAAUACCUUCAUUUACUAUUUCCUUCCGGCUACAAUUACGUGAUACUCCUAUGUACACGCACUUCUCUCCCUAAUUCUUCGGCAGCACUUUGGCAAUUGCCUUUAUUUUGUAUGAUUCUCCAACUGAUAUACUUCUUUCACAUGUUCAUCUACUUUUUUUUUUUUUUUUUUUUUCCC